UUCCGGAUCAGGGCAUCGCACCUUUAUUCCCUUGUCCAUCGUGUUACUUUGCCACAACGGACCUGUACGACUCAAACCCUGCUUCAGCAGUGGAAUACGACAGGCCACUUGUUACCGCACGUUAGACUUGUCUCUAUGUCUUUCUGUUUUGCUUGAGUCGUGUUUCUGUACGGGUUUUUUCUCUCUUUGCAAUGUCAUGUACAACUUAUUUAUAAACUAUAUUUUGUGCGUUGUCUGUGCCUGUGCGCUUGCGACGCCGCUGCAAGUUAAUUUAUUUAUAUCGAGCCCGUACCUCGCCGUGCUUGUGCACAUGACAAUAAACUCAACUUCCCACAUCGGUGCAAAACCAAGGGCUAAUAUAGAUUCAAGUGAAGAUUUAUUUGAUUGACGGUGUCAUGUCAUUAAUAUAAUCCAUACGCCUCGAGAUUCCUGGAGUAAUACGGGAGGGAAUCUGGCCCUUCGGCCCAACUCGCCCAUGCUGACCAAGCCUUUCCGAAACACCCAGCUGCCUGGAGGACUAUGUCAGGCGAAAAAAUUGGAGAAUUUGAGGGACUUUUAUAUCCGUCGCCAAUCCGAGACCACGGGAAUAUUUACAAACCUAAUAACAAAAUGGAAGAUGAGAAGAUGAAAGAGGAGUACGUGCAUGAUUAUCACACCAAAGAGAUCGACUUAGUGAACAGAGACCCAAAGCACCUGAACGACGAUGUGGUGAAGGUGGAUUUUGAAGAAGUGAUUGCCGAACCUGAGGGAACUCACAGCUUCGAUGGAAUUUGGAAGGCCAGCUUUACCGUCUUCACAGUGACCAAAUACUGGUGUUACCGGCUUCUCUCGGGGCUCUUUGGCAUCCCGUUGGCAAUUGUGUGGGGAAUUUACUUUGCCAUCUUAUCGUUCAUCCACAUCUGGGCAGUGGUGCCCUGCAUUAAGAGCUACAUGAUUGAGAUCCAGUGCAUCAGCAGAGUGUACUCGAUCUGCAUUCACACCUUCUGCGACCCUUUCUACGAAGCCCUGGGAAAAAUGUUCGGCAAUAUUCGGGUAUCAAUGCAGAAGGAAGUGUAAACAGGAAAACGUUGAAAGAAGUGAUUGGCCAAUUGAUCACAUCGCUUCCUACCAAAUGGAAGCUCCGUUUCUUUAUCACAGAAACAUGUUGGUGCCUUUUCCAAUAGCACUGAUAUAGGAAAAAAAGGUUGCAUGCUCUUUUCAUUACUUAUCCCUGGCAUGUUCUGUUACCCUUUUAUGGUACUGCAUUUUAACACUGAUCUAAGCUUAACAACUACAUUCCUUUACUGUUAAACACCAUAUGACAGGUUUUGUAAACAAAAUGAGUCAUUGCCUUUCUUUAGCAAUUAGCCCUCCUGCUACUUCAUUGUGCUGCUUCCCAUGAAACCAGAGACUGACCCACAGUACUGUACUUACUAGGACGGUAAGGAUAAAGGAUUAAACACUGAGCAUAGGAUCUUAAUAUUUAAAGUAAAAAUAUGAACUAUUUUGCAGUGAAAUUAUAAUCAUACCAUUUUUUAAAAAUGCUAUGCAACAAAUAAUUUGUAUUUCUCUGUUUAAUCUCUCCUGCAAUUAUCAGGAUUUAUAGAAACAUUAAAAUUUAAAUAUAAUUUACGCAUUUAGAAUGUCAGUCUGGAGAAAGAAUGACUGACCCCAUCUAAGUGUUGGUUAAAUUGUUCAUUAUAGUGGGAAACUAAAGUACCGUGUGUGAAGUAUGUUAUGUCUUGAUGCCAAGAGGAUUGACUCCUUCCCUCCACCACUGUCUAAACUAUGCAAUGUUCAUUUUCUUUGGUAAGCAUUUAAACACUUUGUGAACCUUGUGCAUGUCUGGUAUUAAACUCUCUAACAUGCACCAAAACAUCAGGAAGACAAUGGCAAAGCAGUGUUGCUGUGUGCUUUGUGCUUGCAACAUUUGAGAAAUAGUGUGAAAUGAAAAUACUUGCUGCACUGUAAGAUAGCCAUGUUAAGUUGCUGAAUGUAACUCGGAUUUUCCAUAUUGUACAUUGCAACAUAUCAAUCAGCUUUAUACAAUAUGCAACCCAGAGGAGGUAAUAUCCAGAAUUUUCCUGCUUAGACAAUUGCAGCAAAGGUCAACAGCCAGAACCAUAACAUGUUACUGAAGCAUUGUCAUGGGCAGAGGCACCUGUGGAAUCUACUUCUGUGCUGCAUCCUCCACCUUUUUUAAACUUUAAAACACACUGAGAGCCUUGAUACCCUUUCAUACCAAUUUCUAUUGUCACUUUAUACAUGUCUAACUGAAGGUUAAAGGAGUUGUUUCAACUGCUGUUUUAAAGAAUUACUGAUGGAAAAUUCUUUUUAAGGGUUGUGUAUAUAGUUAAAAUAUAGAUUAAAGUCACCAGCUAAAUAAAAGAAAUGAAACAGAUUUUUAGAUUUUUUGCAAAAGCUAUUUUAUACAGGUGCAUUCAUAUCACUUAUUAACCAUAAAGUAUAUAAAAUUUAGCUUUUAUUUUUUACUACCACUUUGAAUUGUAUUGCAAAUUAUUAGAACCCAUGGUCAAUUUCUUCCAAGUGUUAUUAAAAGCUUGCUGUUGCAGAAGUCGUUCAAGCAAUCAAGAUAUGUUAGCAUGUAAGAGCUGAAACAAUUUGAAAAAAUAAAGAAUCAAAUGUUUAUACAAG